AUGACUCCCGGAGCUCGGUCCUCAGAUCCAUCGCACUUGCUACAAGAGUUUCGAACAAACUUAGAUGGCUGUUGGAAACAAAACACUUAUUGUGGUCGUCACUAUAUCAAAACCAACGAAGUCCUACGAUGGAUGACUUCUGUGAAAGCAGAGCACAAAGCUACCAACCUCAAUCGGCUUCACGACGAAGUCUGGCGCUCCAGACCUAAUUCGACUUUCAAACCGUCUGCAGAGAAUUUCUCCAGCGGCGUCGACUGUGCCAUCAUCGUCUUCAGUGUUCUCCUCGCUAUCGACUAUGGACAUCUCCUGGACCUCUUUGUCGAGGCCAACAUAACCGACGCAAGUGUGCAUACCGCGUCCGCAGAAUAUCACUACAAGAUUCUGAAACAGUACUUGGAACGCGCAGAAGUUCCCAAUGCAGACACCGUUGUCGAAAGUUUCAAGGAAAGGAAGUGGUCGUUUUGCCCUGUAGUUCUAAAACGACGCAUGCACGGGGACUUUCCCAGACGGUGUGUCUUUCCAUACUACAAACGCCAGCCAGUAAAUGGCAAGGGCGGAACGGCAGAAGUGUUCCAGGUUCUUGUCCCGGCUGAGUGCAUAGAGCAGGACCUGAGGGAAUUUCUUCAGGGUUCAAGGAUUGAAUACCAGGAUGAAGGACAGUUCUAUGAGCUGGCGUUGAAAUCCUACGCCUCGCAAAACCAAGAGAUGUUCGAAUGGGAGAAAAAUGCGUUCGCCGGCCUGGAGGAUCAGGAAGGAAUGGUUCGAUAUAUCGGUCACUACUCAUUUGAGGAAGCACCCGGCUUGUGGACGCAUAAUAUCCUGCUCGAAUUCGGAGAAUUAGACUUGGAUGAGUUCUUCGCACACGAAUACUCGAGCCCCCCAGUGCGGUCACUCGAGAUCAUCUCGUUCUGGAAGUCGUUGUUCAAAAUAGCAGAGGCCCUUCGACGGAUACACAAUCUCAAGAUCCGCAGGGACGGUGAAACCCAGGAAUUCCACGGUUGGCAUGCCGAUGUCAAGCCGGACAAUAUCUUGAGGGUUCAUGGUGAAUUUAAACUGGUAGACUUUGGCUUUACCAAAUUCAAGAAGAAAGGGAAUCAAGCAACUCCAAGGGAAUACAUGGUUGGUGGCACUCAGACUUAUGGUGCCCCCGAGACGGAUCAGUCACGAUUCAAGACACGCACGCCUCACGGCCAGACCAUUGAUACUUGGUCCUUCGGAUGUGUGCUGUCACGGGCAGCAACCUGGGUCAUCCUUGGGCAGCAGGGAAUACUUCAGUACGACUUCGUCAGGAAAGCGGCCAUCAAACGUCUGCGAGAACAAGGGCCGGCAGAACACAGGGCUAACUCUGGAUGUCCAACAGCGCAUGAUGCUUUCCAUAAUGGCCGAACAGUGUUGCCCGCGGUUAUUCAAUGGCAUCACUAUCUGCGGAGCAUAGUGCGCACUUCGGACAUCACCUCUUGCCGAGUUCUCAAGCUCGUCGAGGAGAGGAUGCUGCUGGAAGACCCUGAAAAGCGGGUCACCUCUGCCGAGCUGUGCGUCGAGUUGGAAGAUAUAGUGCUGCUGGCGAAAGCCAAAACUGACAAAGAUGCGCUCGGCAAACGCAUCGCCGAGUCGCUCCUCACAGAUUUGUUCAACUUCGACAAGGAAGCACCGGCCAAUCAAGCUCAGGCCAGCCAUCCAAAGCCCGCCAAAUCGACCAAGGCGUCGGGACGUAUAGGCAAGUCGCAACGACUGGACAAUAUCCCUCCCGCGAAAACAGCCCACCGAGCAGAGAUGUUGACGAAAGAAUUGCAAAUCCCCAAACCACUCCUGGAGUCGCCGCAAAUUCAGUUUGGUACCAUCUUGGACGAGCCCAGUGGUAUCCAUGGAUCGCACAUGCAUGAGAGUCCAAACGGGUACAUAGAUGUCCAAGAAGAUGCGAGUUUCGUGCCUCCCCUGCCCCUAUCUCCCACGUCCCAAAUCAAUGGAGCUACUGUUCUGACGGAACCCUAUUCCUGGAGACCAUCUGAAUUGGUGCUGGCGUCCCAUCUCUCACCAAGAUCAGCUGUGGCAGACCUUGAUCAUGACAGGCCAAGCUCAACUAAUCAAGUAAUAGAACUUCGGGGUGAUAUCGGAAGUACAUUACAGAGCGACAAAUCCCGAGGCAAAAUGCCCCUGCACGAAACAUCUGCUGUCGAGCAGGGAUACCAGCAGCGGCGUGUCAGCAAGGUCACCUCUCACCCUGGCGAGGAGCAGCCGGACAGAACAUCAGCAACAUCGCGAAUGUCGACACGACGGGAUUCCAAGCUCGAAUCAGCAGAGAUUUCCAAGCCUCGAAGCUCUUCAAUCACGUUUGCCGACUUGUUCGCAGCUGCACGGGAGCCGCCUCCACUCGACCAGAACUAUGAUAUAUGUCGUGUCAAGGAAGACCUCGAACAGACGCGCCAUCGGAUAACUGGCAAUGUCAAGGUCGACAAGUUCUUGCGGGACUUUAUCGUCAACCGCGACAUGAUCUUUGUUGUCGACAACGGUUCCAGCAUGCUUCAAUUCUGGCCCAGCGUGUCCUUUGUCCUGGAAACACUGGCCAUGAAGCUGGCACCUCUUGAUAAGGAUGGUCUAGACCUUGUCUUCACCAGCGCGCCCCAAAAGACUCACAAGGGCAAAGGAAGUCAAGCAGGAACACGCUUUGUGAAGCUUUUGGUUAAGAAAAAACCGGCCUUUCCCCAGAACGCCGCCGAAGAGGUGAAGACAGACAUGACUGAGACACUUGGGGUGAUCUUCAACGAAUAUAUCAGAAGCAACAAGAACAAGCGGAUGACUCUCUUGGUACUGACAGAUGGCCUGUGGAGAGGCACUAAGUGCGAGACCGCGGUCGAAACUAAGAUCGCCGACUUCGUCAGACAGACGCCGCUGAAUGGCAAUCACAUGGAGGACCGUCGGUUCAGCAUCUCCUUUAUCCGCUUUGGUGACUAUCCUGAAGCGAUUGCACGGCUCCAAAGGUUGGAUGAUGACUUUUCCGGGCUCUACAAAGUUCCUGACAUGAUUGACCACGUCCCUUGGACCGGGCGAGUCAGAAAGAUGAUCCUGGGGAGUUUCGUCGCCCACGAAGACGACUAG